AUGGAAGAAGGAAAUCAAACAAGCAUCUCUGAGUUCAUCCUCCUGGGCCUUUCAAACAAGCCUGAACAGGAAAGACUUCUAUUUUUCCUAUUCCUGGUUAUGUACCUGAUCACAAUGCUAUGGAACCUGCUCAUCAUUCUGGCCAUUAGAACUGACUCCCACCUUCACACCCCCAUGUACUUCUUCCUCAGCAAUUUGUCCCUCGUUGACAUCUGCUUCACAUCCAGCACUGUCCCCAAGAUGUUGGUUAACUACAUAUCUGGAAAUAAAGCAAUUUCUUAUGUUGGGUGUCUGACACAAAUGUUCUUCUUCAUCUGGUUUGCAGGAUUAGAUAGUAUUAUCCUUGCUUCCAUGGCCUAUGACCGUUAUGUAGCCAUCUGUGCCCCAUUACACUAUACCAUGAUCAUGACCCAAAAAGUCUGUGUUUCUCUAGUAGCAGUGUGCUGGUGUUGGGCCUGUAUUGAUGCCCUGAUUCACACAGCCUCCCUGACCCGACUUUCAUUCUGUGGCCACAAUGAAAUCUCUCAUUUCUUCUGUGAUCUCAGUACAAUCACAAGGUUGGCCUGCUCAGAUACUUCGUUCAAUGACUUGAUGGUCUACACAGUAGGAGGACUGACAACUGUCAUGCCCUUUAUUGGCAUCCUCAUCUCCUAUACACGUAUUUUUAUUGCAGUCCUGAAGAUCCCCUCCACUCAUGGGAGAAAGAAAGCUUUCAACACUUGUGGCUCCCACCUUGCUGUGGUCUGUCUCUUCUAUGGAACAAUCAUUGAAGUUUACUUCAACCCCACAUCCACCCAUACUGCCCAAAAGGACACAGCAUCAACUGUGAUGUAUACUGUAGUCACCCCCAUGCUGAACCCUUUCAUCUACAGUAUAAGGAACAAUGAUAUGAAAAGAGCCCUGAGAAUGCUUUUUACCAGAAAAUCAGAUCUCUCCCUAGGAUUGUAA